AUGACCACAAUCGCAACACCUACAACCCCAACCUCAUUCGCAAUCCAGUUUUCUUUAAAGGAAAUAAAGGAGGUUAUUUGGUCGUGUGAAGGGAAGAAACUCCCGGGCCCAGAUGGAUUCAAUUUGGGAUUCUUUAAAUCUUGUUGGGUUGUUAUCAAGGCGGAUUUGGAGAAGUUUGUCUAUGAGUUCUAUAUCCAUCCGGUUCUCCCUAAAGUAGUAACUGCUUUCUUUAUUGUUCUUAUUCCUAAGAUUAAUAAUCAUCAAUCUCUUGAUGAUUAUAGACCCAUUUGCCUUAUAGGGAGUGCCUACUGCAUUCUUGCUAAAUUGUUAGCUUCGAGGCUAAAAAAGGUGAUGUUUAAAUUGAUUUAUAGUGGUCCAUCCGCGUUCCUUCCUAAGAGAUACAUGAUGGAUGGCGGAUUGAUAAUUAAUUAA